UGUGGAAGGCAGCAGCGCGCAGGCUGACAGGCGGUUCUUCAGGCGGGCUGCGGCGGCGGCCGGAGCGCCUCUUCUUGGCCGAGGUUGCGCGCCCCCUCCUCGCCCUGCCCCGGCCCCGCGCGGGAUUGCGGCGGCAGUAGCGGCGACGGCGGCGCCCGGGAGCCCGAGCCUUCGCGGCGCCCCCGUCCCUCCCCCGCCGCACCCCGCCCCGGCGCGAGAGGAGAGCGCGAGAGCCCGAGCCGCGGGCGGGCGGGCGGCGAAGAUGGCAGAGGCGCCGGCCUCCCCGGCCCCGCUCUCUCCGCUCGAAGUGGAGCUGGACCCGGAGUUCGAGCCCCAAAGCCGGCCGCGCUCCUGUACGUGGCCCCUGCAGAGGCCGGAGCUCCAGGGGAGCCCGGCCAAGCCCUCGGGGGAAGCGGCCGCUGACUCCAUGAUCCCCGAGGAGGAGGACGAUGAAGACGACGAGGACGGCGGCGGUAGGGCCGGCUCGGCCAUGGCGAUCGGCGGCGGCGCGGGCGGCCCGCUGGGCUCUGGACUGCUCCUGGAGGACUCGGCUCGGCUGCUAGCUCCCGGAGGGCAGGACCCCGGGUCCGGGCCAGCCCCCGCGGUGGGCGCGCUGAGCGGGGGGACGCAGACGCCGCUGCAGCCUCAGCAGACACUGCCACCGCCGCAGCCGGGGGCGGCUGGGGGCUCCGGGCAGCCGAGGAAAUGCUCAUCGCGGCGGAACGCCUGGGGGAACCUGUCAUACGCCGACCUGAUCACUCGCGCCAUCGAGAGCUCCCCGGACAAACGGCUCACUCUGUCCCAGAUCUACGAGUGGAUGGUGCGCUGCGUGCCCUACUUCAAGGAUAAGGGCGACAGCAACAGCUCUGCCGGCUGGAAGAACUCUAUCCGGCACAACCUGUCGCUGCACAGCCGGUUCAUGCGGGUUCAGAAUGAGGGGACCGGCAAGAGCUCAUGGUGGAUCAUCAACCCCGACGGGGGGAAGAGUGGGAAGGCGCCCCGGCGGCGGGCCGUCUCCAUGGACAACAGCAACAAGUACACCAAGAGCCGGGGCCGUGCAGCCAAGAAGAAGGCAGCCCUGCAGACCGCCCCCGAGUCAGCAGACGACAGUCCCUCCCAGCUCUCCAAGUGGCCCGGCAGCCCCACGUCUCGCAGCAGCGAUGAGCUGGACGCGUGGACCGACUUCCGCUCACGCACCAAUUCCAACGCCAGCACAGUCAGCGGCCGCCUGUCCCCUAUCCUGGCUAGCACGGAGUUGGACGACGUUCAGGAUGAUGACGCGCCGCUCUCCCCCAUGCUCUACAGCAGCUCGGCCAGCCUGUCCCCCUCCGUCAGCAAGCCGUGCACCGUGGAGCUGCCCCGGCUGACCGACAUGGCGGGCACCAUGAAUCUGAACGACGGGCUGGCCGACAACCUCAUGGACGACCUGCUGGACAACAUCGCGCUCCCUGCGUCCCAGCCGUCGCCCCCCGGGGGGCUCAUGCAGCGCAGCUCCAGCUUCCCAUACACCACCAAGGGCUCCGGCCUGGGCUCCCCCACCAGCUCCUUCAGCAGCACGGUGUUCGGCCCCUCGUCUCUGAACUCCCUGCGUCAGUCUCCCAUGCAGACCAUCCAAGAGAACAAGCCAGCCACCUUCUCUUCCAUGUCGCACUACGGCAACCAGACGCUCCAGGACCUGCUCACGUCGGACUCACUCAGCCACAGCGAUGUCAUGAUGACCCAGUCGGACCCCUUGAUGUCUCAGGCCAGCACCGCUGUGUCCGCCCAGAACUCCCGCCGGAACGUGAUGCUUCGCAGUGAUCCAAUGAUGUCCUUUGCCGCCCAGCCUAACCAGGGAAGUUUGGUCAAUCAGAACUUGCUCCACCACCAGCACCAAACCCAGGGCGCUCUCGGUGGCAGCCGUGCCUUGUCAAGCUCCGUCAGCAACAUGGGCUUGAGCGAUUCCAGCAGCCUCGGGUCAGCCAAACACCAGCAGCAGUCUCCUGUCAGCCAGUCUAUGCAAACCCUCUCGGACUCUCUCUCAGGCUCCUCCUUGUACUCAACUAGUGCACACCUUCCCGUCAUGGGCCAUGAGAAGUUCCCCAGCGACUUGGACCUGGACAUGUUCAAUGGGAGCUUGGAAUGUGACAUGGAGUCCAUUAUCCGUAGCGAACUCAUGGAUGCUGAUGGGUUGGAUUUUAACUUUGAUUCCCUCAUCUCCACACAGAACGUUGUUGGUUUGAAUGUGGGGAGCUUCACUGGUGCUAAGCAGGCCUCAUCUCAGAGCUGGGUGCCAGGCUGAAGGCUCACUGAGGAAAGGGGAAGUGGGCAGAGCAGACCCUCAAACUGACACAAGACCUACAGAGAAAACCCUUUGCCAAAUCUGCUCUCAGCAAGUGGACAGUGGUACCGUUUACAGCUUAACACCUUUGUGAGCCCCUGCCGUUUCCUACCCCAGCAGAGACUGUUAUCGGCCCCUUACCCCGGGUGAAGCACUUACCCUCGCACAGAACUCUCUCUAUAAAGUAUGCAAAACCUUCCUUGUACGGGGUGACAGCCACCUGCCAGUGAAGGACAGCACCCUGCCAGCACCGCCCACCCUGUUCAGAGCACACCGUGAGCCCGCGGGCCAUUCUGUGGUGUUUUAAUAUCGUGAUGGUUUAUGGGAUGUUUUAAGUGUUGUUUUUGUGCUUGUUUUCCUUUGACUUUGAGUUUCUCACAUGCAUUAACUUGCAGUCUUUUUAUGUUAAAAUGUUAAUCAUGCUUCCCCUGGCAACUUUAAAAACAGAAGGAAAAUGUUGUACCAGCUACUGUGCUGGCUUUGGGUGUCACAAGCAUUCGAGCCCGUAGGACUCCCCUAACUAACACAUUACAUAAACUAGAGGGGGGUUUUCAUUCUUCUUUCGUUUGGUAGAAAACUAUCCUUUUCUAAAAACUGAACAGUGGCACAAGUGUUUUCUGUGUGCACUGGUCCAGGACAGAGCCCUGCACCGGCAAACCUGACCCAGAACCAAACCACGUGCUUGGUUCUGAGUCAGGGCGGUCGGGGGAUGAGAGCCUGGCACCUGGUCUGCAGUUGCCACAUGAGUAGGGCCUGUGGUCUACUGUCAGUAUGCUCAGCUGACACAGUCAACAGUGAUUGUACGUUGGUUAGAAAUGAGAAUUUUUCAAGGAAGAAAUCAGCUCAGCUGUCCGCUCAUUGCCAAAUGCCACUAACGGGUUUAGUUUUAAGGAGAAAAGAAAAGAAAAAAAAAAAAAAAAGUAGUCGUGUUUUGCUUUGCAGAAGAAGUGAACUUACAGGUGAACAUUAAGCCCGCAGUGAGAAAUGUGUGGAAAGUACAAACCCGAGUCACUAUUUUUCUAAAUGCGCACCCUUGAUUAUUUUCAGUCUUGCUCUGUAUAAUCUGAUCUAGUAGACGUGUAUGAGUGAUCAAGCAAUAGCAUACAAACUGAUUCCUUUUUAAUAUAAAUAAGCUUAGAUUGUAAUUGUACAAGUGUCACAAUGGAAGUACAAGAUAGGGCAGUUUUGACCUCCCCCCCAGACACUUUUCCUGCUUCUAUGGAUUUCAUUUUUUUCUUUUCAAAAAGUUAUGGUGCUGUAUAGGUGCUUUCUGUUUAGCCUGAAAAGUGUGAUUAUAUUAGUUACCCUCUUUGGUAGACAGAAUAGUUGGGAACACCUUUGGUACAUAUGAAACUGGUGUAAUGAUGCUCUGAUUAGCACAGCAUAUGCAUACUUCUCCAAAGUGAUAUAUGAAGACUCUUUUCGUUGCAUAAAAAGCAUUAGACAUAGAAAUGUAUAAAUACAUUUUGUCAUGUACAGUACAAAAAUGGAACAGUCUGCAUGGAUGUUAGGGAUACAGGCUAGUAUUUCAGCACAGACCUCCCUGCAUGAGUUCUCGCUGAUGCUUGCACCGUGCAGUGGGCACUGAUUCCCUUCCACCAACACAGACGUGCCACCCAACCCCCUGCACCCAUCACCAGCCACCAGGGGCCCCUUUGUGCACCUUUGCUUCCUGAUUCCUCUGGGGGUGAUAUUGGUGGUGAUAACAGCUCCUAGCAUAAUGAACGUUCCAUUUGGUGUUGCCACUUGUCUCUCCCGCCUCGCUUGGGCUGUCAUGUUUGAGCGAUGGCCCUGUUGAUUUCACCCUGCUCUCUACUGAAUCUGUAAAUUGUUGUGCAAUUUGUGGUUAUAGUAGACCUGUAGCAUAUCACCUUUUCUAAACUGCUACAAGUUUAUAAUCUUCAUUUUGAAAGUAUGUAUAAUUUUUAAAAAUAUGUAUUCUAUUCACGUGGUCUGCUUGUCAGUGAGACAGACUUUUGCUUACUGUAUUCUUUUGUAAUAAAGCUAGCCACUUCCUUGAUUCUUUGGUAGUCUGCUGUACACAAGAACUGUCAAGUGUCAGCAAGAGAGGGCUGCCUCUCUGGGUUCCUAAGUGACGCUGCCCCCUGGGUGGAGACGUAGUGCAGAGACAGUGGCAGCAGCUCAGGGACGGGGGGAGUGGCAGAGGGGUGUUGGAUAUAGGGGAGAAUCCGAGUGCUUCCAACACGAGGGCCCUGAGAACUUCUCUCCUGAGCUCAAAGAAACAAGAAAACUAACAAAAUAGCUACUUGCCUUUGCAGUUUUGUAGACCAUGGGAAAUACUUUGGGAGUAAGAAAGGCAACCCUCAAAUGUGUUUUGACUUUUAAAGUGUCGAAUUCCUUUCAGACAUGUGGCAUCUCAUUUAUUCUUUUUUUUUUUUCCCCCCAAUGUUUGUUAGAUUUCAGGCAGAAUGUUUUACAAAAUAUCCUGGAACCAGAUUCUAAUUUAAUCUAAAACAGCUGAGGGAGGGACAGAGCGGUAUGAGAGCAGGAUAGCCACAGAGCAGAUCAGGAAAACGGAGAGGGAGGGGUGCUUGGAAUUUUUUUCUUUUCCUUUUUUUUUUUUUUUAAGUAAUUCAGCAUCUACAUGUAGAGUGUCGCAGACAGCUGAGAUCAGGGCAAAGUCUAGCGCCAGCCUCCGUCCUAGAAAGGGUCAGGCAAGAAUGGAAUAGUUAAGCCUGUCCAGGAUCACAGCAGCCCCACUCUCACCCUUGGCCGCCCACCCAGAGGCCAGGAUCCCUUAGACUGAGUCCGAAGGCAGUCAGACAGGGCAGAGGUGCCACCUAAGCCCUCUCCCUCUUGUAUUUGAAGACCCUGCUUUCAGGAAGGGCCUACCGAUGGCCACCAUGUGGAGUUCUGAGUGCCAUGGGCCCCCACAGGAAGUUUCCUGAUCUGGAGUAUCUCAGUGGAAUACUUGGUAGUCUCCGGGAGUCUGGCGGUUGUAAUGUUUGCAUCCUGAUAAGAACUUUCGGAGUCUACACUCAGCCUCUAAAUAAGCUGCUCUAGGGAGCCUUCCACUUUUUGACGGGAAAUUUAGAAAGAAGAGUAACAAUGUUGAAAACAUGACCCGAACUCUGGGGUCCUAUUGUUCUCUUCAGGGCUCCAGAACCAGAUACCUUUUACCAAAGUUAGAAAAGAGCUUUAUCACAAGCCUUCACUGUCCUGGCGUGAGUGAGGCCUGACCGCCAGGUUCAGAGUAUCCCAUUAACUGUGAAUGAAUCUGAGGUCGAUUUCCUCUAUUGCAUCCCCUGCAAUGUAAUGACUGCCGAAACAUAUUUUUUUAAAUUUCAGAAGUUUGGCUCUCCUGUUAACGAGAAGAGCGUGCACACACGUGUAGUACUGGUGGACUCUGUGUGUGUUUGUGUGUGUGUGUGUGGUGGUGAGUUUUGCCCUUGUGUGUGUCGCUUCUGACCCUGAGGAGAAGACCUCUUGGCUCACUGGUCAGGACAGGUAUGCCCGGUCUCAGGGUGUCAUUUCAGGCGGCUUCUGAAAUUGUUAAAGAUAGUAGGGAGUCUAUCUAAUGAACCCCACUUAAAGAAUAAGGAAUAUUUGAAUCUCUUGGAAAGACCAUCAAGAGGAAAGCAGUCAAUCACCCAGGCCCAUUUUUCAUGCUGAUGCCAAGGGCUGGUGAGGGGAAAUUAAAAAGUUACCCUUUCUCUCUGAAAGCAGAAAUAAAAUCCUGACAGCUCCAAACUCUGAUUUCUUCUUUCUCGGUGUAUUUGGGGAACAUUGUACGAUUAGGUAUAAUGUAUUCUUUUUUCAAUUAAGAAAAGCAAAAAAUUUUGUAGGAAUACAAUCACUGGCAAAGAGGUAUGAAAAAGCCAGCCUCUCCUGGAGACCAGGGGUGGCAGGGCACAGCGAAGGGAGAGUGAAGUCCUUGUGAAAUCAUGUCUGUCAGACCAGAUCUUAACGCAGAUGCCCAAGUAACUGAAAAGAGUACAGUCGGCCCUCCGCAUACACGGGCUCAGCAUCCUCGGAUUCAACCAACCAUGGAUCCGUAGGGCCGACUGUACUACACCAUUUUAUAUAAGGGACUCGGGCAUCCACAGAUUUUGGUAUCCGUGGAGGUCCUGCAACCAAUUCCCCACGGAUACCAAGGGGCGACUGUGUAUUAUAUUUGAUCUAGAUCUUCAGUGGGUAACAUUUUAUGCAGUUCGAAUGAAUGAAAUAUUUUCCUCUUGUUUAGUUUUAUUUGUGUGUAUUUUUCUUUGUCGAAUGAUUGGUUCCGAGGCCUCUGCCACACUCCAGAGAUAUUUGUGCGGCUGCUUUAAAAAAAAAAACAACAACUACAUGUCUGGUCACUUAUUUCUCUAAAAUUAUCUCAUUGCCUGGCAAUCAAUCUUCUCUCAAUACCCUUGUCCUAGCACAUUAUGUACAUGCAAAAUGUAAACAGAUAUGAAGGAGGAACAGAAAAAUUAGUUAAUAUUAAAAAAAUGUACGUUUUGGCUUCACAUGUUUAACUUUUUUUUUAAGAAAAAAAGUUGCAUGAAUGGAAAAAAAAUCUGUAUACAGUAUCUGUAAAACUGUCUUAUCCGUUUCAAUUUCUUGCUCAUAACCCAUGCAAACUAGAACUCAUUGUGGUGCCUGGCCAUAUUCAAACACCUAAGAGUCAUGCAGUUGAUACUUUGGUUUGAAGCACCUCAUCCUUUCUUUCAAAGCGAACACUAUCAUAUUGCAUUCUUACUGAGGAUUUUGUCUAUCCAUAUGUUGCCAUGAAUUAUCUCUACCACCUUUCCUCUCAAGAAUCAAAACCAGUUUGAUUUGGGAAUCUUCUCUUUUCCAAAUGAAAUAGAGAUGCAGUACUUAACUUUCCUUGGUGUUUGUAGAUAUUGCCUUGUGUAUUCCAUUUAAAACCGUAAUCUAGUUUGUAAAAGAGAUGGUGACGCAUGUAAAUAAAGCAUCAAUGACACUCUA